AUGACCAGAGCUUGCAAUGACAGCUAUGGUGAUUUCAUCCUCCAUGGCUUCUCUGAUCACCCAUAUUUGGAGAAGGUACUGUUUUGGGUAGUUUUGAUCUUUUAUUGCUUGACUCUUGCUGGAAAUAUGGUCAUAGUUCUUGUUUCCUUGAAGGAUCCGAAACUCCACACCCCUAUGUAUUUCUUCCUGUCCAACCUUUCCUUACUAGACCUCUGCUUCACCAGCAGCUGUGUCCCUAAGAUGUUGGUUAAUUUCCAGAGUCCGAGGAAGACCAUCAGCUUUCCUAGUUGUGCCACUCAGCUCUACAUCUUCCUGUGGCUUGGGGCCACUGAGUGCAUCCUCCUAGUGGUCAUGGCUGUGGACCGCUAUGUCGCAGUGUGUUGUCCUCUGAGAUACACGGCUGUCAUGCAUCCCAAAGUCUGUCUGCAGCUGGCUGCCUUUGCUUGGGGAACCGGCCUGGUUCAGUCUCUGAUCCAGUCUUCUACUACCCUCCAAUUGCCCUUUUGCUCCCACCAGGUGGUGGAUGACAUUGUAUGUGAAGUUCCAGCCCUGAUUCAGCUCUCUGCUGCAGAUACUACUUACAAUGAAGUCCAGAUGACCCUGUCCAGUGUUGCUCUCCUAGUGGUGCCCCUGGUCAUCAUCCUUUCCUCCUAUGCUGCUAUUGUGAAGGCUAUACUGAGGAUGAAGUCCGCUGCUGGGCAGAAAAAAGCAUUUAGCACCUGCACUUCCCACCUUCUUGUGGUCUCCCUCUUCUAUGGUACAGUCACAGGUGUCUAUCUUCAACCGAGGACUCGCUAUGCUCAUGAGCGGGGCAAGUUUCUCACCCUUUUCUACACUGUCGUGACUCCGACUCUUAACCCCAUUAUCUACACACUGAGGAAUAAGGAAGUAAAAGGAGCGCUGGGAAGGUUAGGGAAGAAGACCUGGGGUUCCCAUAGCUGA